CUCUUUUCAUCUAAUUGAAUUAAAUGAAAUGGAGAAAUUGAAUAAGACAUCAAAUUUUGAUGAUGCUUUAGAAAAACAAGCGCGUUGGCAAAAGUUGAAAGUUGAAGUAUUAGUAACAGGAGAAGGUACAGGACUUGGUAAAAUGACAUCAAAAUCAUUUAUUAAGAAUGGUGCAAAAUUUUAUAUUUCCUCUAAAAUUCUUGAAGAAGCCGCUACAGGAUUGAAUAGGUCGGGAGAAUGUAUUCCAAUCACAGCUGAUAUUACGAUAAAAGAAAAAUGCCAAUAA